UUAAAUCGGCAACAUGAUCAAGUCGACGGCAGCCAAUUCGCAUUGGCUGGCCGCUUUGCUGUCGUUGCUGCUGGUGGUGCUGCUGCACACAACCACAGCGGACGAGGCGUUUUCGUGUCCAAAUGGCUGGGAACUGCGCGGCUUAAAUUGUUAUAAAUAUUUUAAUAUCAAACAUUCGUGGGAGAAAAGCGCCGAACUGUGUCGAAGAUAUGGCGCCGAGCUGGUGGCUAUCGAUAGCUAUGCGGAGAACAAUGAGACGCUGGCGAUAGCACGCGCCAGCGAUCCCAAUCAGCGCGCCUCCGACAAGUACUGGCUGGGCUUGGCAUCGCUGGAUGAUUUACGCACGAAUACCCUAGAGUCUGCAUCGGGCGCAUUGAUCUCACAGUACUCGGGCUUUUGGUCUCUGCAGCAGCCCAAUGCUGAGUCCGGCGAGUGCGUGGCGGCCAGCUUUGCCAGUAAGGCGCAGAGCUGGGAUCUGGGCACCUGCGAGUCGCUGUUGCCCUUCAUGUGCCGCGCCCCGGCCUGUCCCCAGGGUGCACUGCAUUGCGCCAAUGGCAAAUGCAUCAAUCAGGCUUUCAAGUGCGAUGGCAGCGAUGAUUGCGGCGAUGGCACCGAUGAGCUAGACUGCCCCGCCCAAUGCCACUUCCACAUGCAAUCCGGCGGCGAUGUCAUUGAGACGCCCAACUAUCCGCACAAGUAUGGUGCGCUGAGCAAAUGCAAGUGGACCUUGGAAGGACCGCUGGGCAGCAACAUCAUACUUCAGUUCCAGGACUUUGAGACGGAAAAAACCUUUGACACGGUCCAAGUCCUGGUCGGUGGACGCACCGAAGACAAAUCCGUAUCGCUGGCUACGCUAAGUGGCAAACAGGAUCUGACCACACAACCAUUUGUAUCCGCCUCCAACUUUAUGAUUGUCAAAUUCACAACGGACGGUAGUGUGGAGCGCAAGGGUUUCCGGGCCACGUGGAAAACGGAGGCCAAGAAUUGUGGCGGCACACUGAAGGCGACGCUACAACGUCAGAUACUGACCAGCCCUAACUAUCCCAAGCAAUAUCCAGGUGGUCUGGAGUGCCUGUAUGUGAUCAAAGCGCAGCCAGGUCGCAUUAUCUCUAUUGAAGUUGAUGAUUUGGAUAUUGCCGAGAGUCGGGAUCAGUUACUCAUACGCGAUGGCGAAUCGCCCAUGAGUCGCACCAUUGCCCGGCUGACGGGCAAAACUUCGCAGAAUGAACGCGUGAUCAUUUCCACCGGCAACGCGCUCUAUCUCUACUUCAAGUCUAGCCUGGGCGAGGCGGGCAAGGGCUUCAGCCUACGCUAUAUUCAAGGCUGCAAGGCGACGAUCACGGCACGCAACGGCACAGUUACCUCGCCGGCCUUUGGCUUGGCUGACUAUCCAAAGAAUCAGGAGUGCUUCUUUACCAUACGAAAUGGCGCGCGUGCUCCGCUCUCGCUCAAGUUUGACAAGUUCACCGUGCACAAAAGCGACAAUGUGCAGGUCUUUGAUGGUUCCUCAACGUCCGGACUGCGCCUCCACUCGGGCAACGGCUUUACGGGCACUGCAGCUCCCAAGCUGACCCUGACAGCCUCAUCUGGCGAGAUGUUGAUUAAAUUUACUUCGGAUGCGCUUCAUAACGCAGCGGGCUGGUCGGCUACUUUCUCUGCGGACUGCCCUGAGCUGCAACCCGGCAUUGGGGCCUUGGCCUCCAGUCGCGACACGGCCUUCGGCACGCUGGUCAGCUUUACAUGUCCCAUUGGACAGGAGUUUGCCACCGGCAAGACGCGUCUGGUUACGGAAUGUUUGCCCGGUGGCAACUGGAGUGUCUCCUACAUACCAAAGUGUCAGGAGGUCUACUGCGGUCCUGUGCCACAAAUUGAUAACGGCUUCUCCAUUGGCUCCUCGAAUGUCACCUAUCGCGGCAUUGCCAUGUACCAGUGCUAUGCUGGCUUCGCAUUUGCCUCCAACGAACCGAUCGAAAAGAUUUCCUGCCUGCCUGACGGACGCUGGGAGCGUCAGCCCCAUUGCAUGGCCUCACAGUGUGCCGCCCUGCCGGAGGUGCCACACGCCAAUAUGACCCUGCUGAAUGGCGGCGGACGCAGCUAUGGCACCAUUGUCCAAUACGAAUGUGAGCCUGGCUAUGAACGCAACGGGCAUCCCGUGCUGACCUGCAUGUCGAAUGGCACUUGGAGUGGCGAUGUGCCACGCUGCACGCGUAAACGCUGCUUUGAGUUUCCCGAAAUUGAAAAUGGCUUCGUGGUGGAUGCGGCACGUUCCUAUCUGUUUGGCGAUGAGGCCAGGGUGCAGUGCUUCAAGGGCUACAAGCUGAUUGGCAGCAAUAUCAUGCGCUGCAGCGAGGCCCAGCGCUUUGAGCAGCCACCCAGCUGCGAGGACAUCAACGAGUGCAGCUCCUCUCAAUGCGAUUUGACUACCACCGACUGCAUGAAUACCAACGGUUCCUUCCAUUGCCAGUGCCGACCGGGCUUUACCGCCACCACUGAGUGCCGACCCGUUGGAGAUUUGGGUCUGGGCAAUGGCGGCAUUCCAGAUGAUAGUAUCAGCACCUCGGCCAGUGAGCCCGGCUACAGCAAGGCUCUGUUGCGUCUCAAUACGAAUGGAUGGUGCGGUGCCUCAUUGGAGCCCGGCGCCAACUGGAUACUGAUUGAUCUCAAGGCGCCCACAAUAUUACGCGGUUUCCGUACCAUGUCUGUGCAGCGUCCUGAUGGCAAUGUGGCCUUUAGCUCGGCCGUGCGCCUGCAAUAUACAAACGAUUUGACAGAUGUCUUCAAGGAUUAUGCCAAUCCCGAUGGAACUGCCGUUGAAUUCAGAAUACUGGAGCCCACCCUGUCCAUACUCAAUCUGCCGUUGCCAAUCGAGGCGCGUUAUAUACGCUUCCGCAUACAGGACUAUGUGGGUGCGCCUUGCUUGCGCAUGGAACUGAUGGGCUGCACCCGUUUGGAUUGCGUGGACAUCAAUGAGUGCAGCAAGAACAACGGCGGCUGCGAUCAAAAAUGCAUCAACUCACCCGGCAGCUAUUCCUGCGCCUGUAAUACGGGCUAUCAGCUCUAUUCAUCCAAUGGCACCGCUGGCUAUCACAUUGAACGCUCCGAGUCUGGCGAACGCGACGGCGAUACCUAUCAGCGCAACAAGACCUGUGUCCCAUUGAUGUGCCCGGAGCUGCAGGCGCCAGAAAAUGGCCAGCUGCUCAGCGAACGUGACGAUUAUCAUUUUGGCGAUGUGGUUCGUUUCCAGUGCCAUUUCGGCUACAUAAUGAGCGGCAGCUCGGUGGCGCUUUGCCUGUCCAGCGGUCAAUGGAAUGCCAGCGUACCGGAAUGCAAUUAUGCGAAGUGCGUUUCCUUGCCUGACGACAAGCUGGAGGGCUUGACUGUUGCACGACCCGAUCCAGAGUCCGUGCUGGUGCCGUUCCGCGACAAUGUGACUAUUAGCUGCGGCUCGGCCGGACGUCAGUUGCGCUCCACUGCCUCCGCUGGCUUCAGACAGUGUGUCUACGAUCCAAAGCCAGGUCUGCCCGACUACUGGCUGUCGGGCGUGCAGCCUUCGUGUCCGCGUGUCGACUGCUAUGCGCCAAUGCCAACACCUGGUGCCGAGUACGGACAGUUUGUGGACACGCGUUACCAGAGCAACUUCUUCUUUGGCUGCCAGAACACCUUUAAGCUGGCUGGGCAGACCCAGCGCCACGACAAUGUAGUGCGCUGUGGUGCCGAUGGUAUUUGGGACUUUGGUGAUUUGCGCUGCGAGGGACCCGUGUGCGAGGAUCCAGGCAGACCAGCUGAUGGACGCCAGCUGGCGCGCAGCUACGAGCAAAGCUCUGAGGUCUACUUUGGCUGCAAUCGUCCUGGCUACAUUCUUAUCAAUCCAAGGCCAAUUACUUGCAUACGCGAGCCGGAGUGUAAGGUGAUCAGGCCAUUGGGCCUGGGCUCAGGCAGAAUACCCGACUCGGCCAUCAAUGCCACCUCAGAGCGACCAAACUAUGAGGCCAAGAAUAUACGCCUGAACUCUGCAACCGGCUGGUGCGGCAAGCAGGAAGCCUUCACCUAUGUCAGCGUGGAUCUGGGACAGAUCUAUCGCGUCAAGGCCAUACUCGUCAAGGGUGUUGUGACCAAUGACAUUGUCGGACGUCCAACCGAGAUACGCUUUUUCUACAAGCAGGCGGAGAACGAGAACUAUGUUGUCUAUUUCCCCAACUUUAAUCUAACCAUGCGCGAUCCGGGUAACUACGGUGAGCUGGCCAUGAUAACGCUGCCCAAGUACGUGCAGGCACGCUUUGUGAUCCUGGGCAUCGUUAGUUAUAUGGAUAAUGCCUGUCUGAAAUUUGAGCUGAUGGGCUGCGAGGAGCCCCAACAAGAGCCGUUGUUGGGCUACGAUUACGGCUAUUCACCAUGCGUGGACAAUGAGCCGCCGAUCUUCCAGAACUGUCCACAGCAGCCCAUUGUGGUGCGUCGUGAUGAAAAUGGUGGUGUGCUGCCCGUUAACUUUACUGAACCCACCGCCGUCGAUAAUUCCGGUUCGAUUGCCAGGUUGGAAAUCAAGCCACAGAAUUUCCGCACACCCAGUCAUAUCUUUAAGGAUACGGUGGUCAAAUACGUGGCAUUUGAUUACGAUGGUAAUGUGGCCAUCUGUGAAAUAAAUAUAACCGUGCCGGAUGUUACCCCACCAUUGCUGCAGUGUCCCCAGAGCUAUGUGAUUGAGCUGGUUGAUCGCCAGGACAGCUACAAUGUGAACUUCAAUGACACGCGCAAGCGCAUCAAGACCUCAGAUGAGACGGGUGAGGUGCGUCUACAGUUUACGCCCGAGCGUGCGACCAUUAAGAUUGGCAACUUUGAGAAUGUGACUGUGACCGCGACCGAUAAGUUCAACAAUCGCGCCAGCUGCCACUUCCAGGUAUCCGUGCAGGCCUCACCCUGUGUGGACUGGGAGCUACAGCCACCGGCAAAUGGAGCCAUCAAUUGCCUGCCUGGAGAUCGUGGCAUUGAAUGUAUAGCCACCUGCAAGCCCGGUUUCCGUUUUACCGAUGGCGAACCUCUGAAGACCUUCUCCUGUGAAACAUCCCGCCUCUGGCGUCCCACGUCUGUGGUACCGGAUUGUGUAUCGGAGAAUACGGAACAGGCUGCCUACCAUGUGACUGCCACCAUAACUUACCGCGCCAAUGGUGCCGUGGCUCAAUCCUGUCUCGGGCAAUACCAGGAGGUGCUCUCUCAGCACUAUGCGGGACUCAAUCAAUUGCUCUCGCAGCGCUGCUCCGCGGUGAAUGUGAACAUGAAUGUCACAUUUGUCAAGUCGGUGCCGUCGCUGUUGGAGGAGAAUGUAGUCAAAAUGGACUUUAUACUUUCCAUACUGCCGGCGGUGCGUCAGCCACAGCUUUACGAUCUCUGCGGCUCGACGCUGAAUCUCAUCUUUGAUCUGAGCGUGCCCUACGCCAGUGCCGUGAUCGAUGACCUGCUGAACAUAUCCAACAUUGGCAAUCAGUGCCCACCGUUGCGAGCUCUCAAAUCGCAAAUCACUCGCGGAUUUAAUUGCAAUGUGGGCGAGGUGCUGAACAUGGAUACCAGCGAUGUGCCGCGCUGCCUGCACUGCCCGGCGGGCACAUACGUCUCGGAGGGUCAGAAUAGCUGCACCUAUUGUCCACGUGGCUACUAUCAGAAUCGCGAUCGACAGGGCACAUGUUUGCGCUGUCCUGCCGGCACUUAUACCAAAGAAGAGGGCUCCAAGUCGCUGAGCGACUGCAUACCCGUUUGCGGCUACGGCACAUACUCCCCAACUGGUCUGGUGCCCUGUUUGGAAUGUCCACGCAACUCUUUCAGUGCGGAACCGCCCACGGGUGGGUUCAAGGAUUGCCAAGCCUGUCCAGCUCAGACAUUUACCUAUCAGCCCGCCGCUUCCAAUAAGGCUCUGUGCCGUGCCAAGUGCGCGCCCGGCACCUACUCAGCAACGGGUCUGGCCCCCUGCUCACCCUGCCCACUGCAUCAUUACCAGAGCGCUGCAGGCUCACAGAACUGCAAUGAAUGCCCCAGCAACAUGCGCACCGACAAUGCUGGCGCUAAGGGGCGGGAACAGUGCAAGCCUGUGGUUUGCGGCGAGGGUGCCUGCCAACAUGGAGGCCUCUGCGUGCCCAUGGGUCACGAUGUGCAGUGCUUCUGUCCUGCUGGUUUCUCUGGACGCCGCUGUGAACAGGAUAUAGAUGAGUGCGCCUCGCAGCCCUGCUACAAUGGCGGUCAGUGCAAGGAUCUGCCACAGGGCUAUCGCUGUGAGUGUCCCACUGGCUAUUCGGGCAUCAACUGCCAAGAGGAGGCCAGUGAUUGUGGCGCUGACACCUGCCCCGCCCGAGCCAUGUGCAAGAACGAGCCGGGCUACAAGAACGUGACCUGCCUCUGCCGCAGCGGCUACACCGGCGACCAGUGCGAUGUGACCAUAGAUCCCUGCACGGCCAACGGCAAUCCGUGCACGAAUGGCGCCAGCUGCUUGGCGCUGCAGCAGGGUCGCUAUAAAUGCGAGUGCCUACCCGGCUGGGAGGGCAUGCACUGCGAGCAGAAUAUCAACGAUUGCGAAGAGAAUCCCUGUUUGCUUGGCGCCGCCUGCACAGAUCUGGUCAACGAUUUCCAGUGCGCGUGCCCGCCCGGAUUUACUGGCAAGCGUUGCGAGCAGAAGAUUGACCUGUGCCUAUCCGAGCCGUGCAAACAUGGUGUCUGUGUGGAUCGUCUGUUUGAUCACGAAUGCGUUUGCCAUCCCGGCUGGACAGGAGCCGCCUGCGAUAUCAACAUUGAUGACUGCGAGAAUCGACCCUGUGCAAAUGAUGGCGUCUGCGUGGAUCUGGUUAAUGGCUACAGCUGUAACUGCGAGCCGGGCUACACGGGCAAGAACUGUCAGCACACAAUUGAUGAUUGCGCCUCGAAUCCCUGCCAGCAUGGUGCCACCUGCGUGGAUCAACUCGAUGGCUUCAGCUGCAAGUGUCGUCCCGGCUUUGUUGGUCUCAGCUGUGAGGCGGAAAUCGACGAAUGCUUAAGUGACCCCUGCCAUCCCGUUGGCACCGAGCGCUGCCUGGAUCUUGACAACAAGUACGAGUGUGUGUGCCGUGAUGGCUUCAAGGGUGCUCUCUGCGAGACGGACAUCGAUGAUUGCGAGCCGCAGCCCUGCCUCAACAAUGGCAUCUGUCGCGAUCGUGUCGGUGGCUUCGAGUGCGGCUGUGCUCCCGGAUGGAGCGGCAUGCGCUGUGAGCAGCAGGUGACCACCUGCAAUGUUCAGGCGCCCUGCCAGAACGAUGCCAAAUGCAUUGAUCUGUUCCAAGACUAUUUCUGCGUGUGCCCCAGCGGUACCGAUGGCAAAAACUGUGAGACUGCACCCGAGCGCUGCAUUGGAAAUCCCUGCAUGCAUGGCGGCAAGUGCCAGGACUUUGGCUCGGGCCUCAACUGCAGCUGUCCAGCUGAUUAUGCCGGCAUUGAUUGCCAGUAUGAGUACGAUGCCUGCGAGGAGCAUGUGUGUCAGAAUGGUGCCACCUGUCUGGACAAUGGUGCCGGCUACAGUUGCCAGUGCCCGCCCGGAUUCACGGGCAAGAACUGCGAACAGGACAUUGUGGAUUGCAAGGACAACUCUUGUCCACCUGGCGCCAGCUGCGUGGAUCUUACCAAUGGCUUCUAUUGCCAGUGCCCCUUCAAUAUGACAGGCGAUGAUUGUCGCAAGGCCAUUCAGGUGGAUUACGAUCUGUACUUCAGCGAUCCGUCACGUUCAACGGCCGCACAGGUGGUGCCCUUCCCCACGGGUGAGGCAAACAGCCUGACCGUGGCCAUGUGGGUGCAGUUCGCCCAGAAAGAUGACACCGGCAUCUUCUUUACGCUGUACGGCGUGGAUUCUGCUCGCAUGACACAACAUCGCCGACUUCUGCUCCAGGCUCAUUCCAGCGGCGUUCAAGUCUCGCUCUUUGAGGAUCUGCCCGAUGUUUUCCUCAGCUUUGGCGAAUAUACGUCCGUCAACGAUGGACAGUGGCAUCACGUAGCUGUCGUCUGGGAUGGCAUCAGCGGUCAGCUUCAGCUGAUUACCGAAGGCUUGAUAGCUAGCAAGUUGGAGUAUGGUGCUGGUGGCGUUCUGCCUGCCUAUCUCUGGUCGGUGCUGGGUCGUCCGCAACCGGAUAGUGUCAAGCAUGACCUUGGCUAUACUGAAGCUGGCUUCCAAGGCACCGUUACCAAGGCACAGGUCUGGGCACGUGCUCUAGAUAUUACCUCGGAAAUACAAAAGCAGGUGCGCGAUUGUCGCUCCGAGCCAGUGCUUUACCCAGGUCUUAUCCUGAACUGGGGCGGCUAUGAGAUGACCACGGGCGGUGUCGAGCGCAAUGUGCCCUCAUUGUGUGGUCAACGCAAGUGCCAAGUGGGUUACACGGGCGCCAACUGUCAACAGUUGGUUGUGGACAAGGAACCGCCAGUUGUGGAGCAUUGUCCCGGAGAUUUGUGGGUCAUUGCCAAGAAUGGCUCGGCCGUGGUUACCUGGGACGAGCCACACUUUAGCGAUAACAUUGGUGUCACAAAGAUUUACGAACGCAACGGACAUCGCUCCGGCACAACUCUGCUCUGGGGCACCUACGACAUCACCUACAUCGCAUCCGAUGCCGCUGGUAACACGGCAUCAUGUAGCUUCAAGGUCUCGCUAUUAACUGAAUUCUGCCCACCUUUGGCUGACCCCGUAGGCGGUUCUCAAGUUUGCAAGGACUGGGGCGCAGGCGGUCAGUUCAAGGUCUGCGAGAUUGCUUGUAAUACCGGGCUACGCUUCUCCGAGCAGGUACCUGAGUUUUACACUUGCGGCGCUGAAGGUUUCUGGCGUCCCACACGCGAACCCUCAAUGCCACUCGUCUACCCAUCCUGCUCACCGGCCAAGCCGGCCCAGCGCGUUUUCCGCAUCAAAAUGCUCUUCCCCUCGGAUGUGCUCUGCAACAAGGCCGGCCAGGCUGUGCUGCGACAGAAGGUGACCAACUCCGUGAAUGCGUUGAACAGGGACUGGAACUUCUGCUCCUAUUCCAUUGAAGGCACCAGAGAGUGCAAGGAUAUUCAAAUCGAUGUCAAGUGCGAUCACUAUCGCGCCGCCCAAAACAAUCGUGUGCGCCGACAGGUCAAGGAUGGCGGCGUCUAUGUGAUGGAAGCGGAACUGCCAGUUGUCAACGAUGAGGACGAUUUGGCGCUGACGGGUCGCCAGGGACGCCAACAAACUGGCGGUGACACAUACACGCUGGAAAUAGCCUUCCCGGCUGUUAACGAUCCUGUGGUGCAUACAUCGACGGGCGAGCGCUCCAAUGUGAAACAAUUGCUGGAGAAAUUGAUUCUAGAGGAUGACCAAUUUGCCGUACAAGAGAUUCUGCCGAACACCGUGCCCGACCCGGCUUCGCUGGAACUGGGCUCCGAAUAUGCCUGCCCCGCUGGCCAGGUUGUAAUGAUACCCGAUUGUGUGCCAUGCGCCAUCGGCACCUUCUACGAUAGCGCCAACAAGACGUGCAUUCCGUGCGCUCGCGGCAGUUACCAAUCCGAGGCGGGCCAGCAGCAGUGCAGCAAGUGUCCGACCAUAGCUGGACGUCCUGGUGUGACAGCUGGUCCUGGAGCACGCUCCGCCGCUGACUGCAAAGAACGCUGCCCGGCUGGCAAGUAUUUCGACGCGGAGACAGGUCUGUGCCGCUCCUGCGGCCACGGCUUCUAUCAGCCAAAUGAGGGUGCUUUCACCUGCGAACUGUGCGGUCUGGGUCAGACCACACGCUCCACGGAGGCAACCUCGCGCAAGGAGUGCCGCGAUGAAUGCAGCUCUGGCCAGCAGCUGGGUGCUGAUGGACGCUGCGAGCCUUGUCCACGUGGCACCUAUCGACUACAAGGUGUGCAACCGUCAUGCGCGUCCUGCCCAUUGGGUCGUACCACGCCCAAGGUGGGCGCCAGUUCCGUGGAGGAGUGCACACUGCCCGUGUGCUCGCCUGGCACCUAUCUUAAUGCCACACUCAACAUGUGCAUCGAAUGUCGCAAGGGCUUCUAUCAAUCCGAGUCCCAGCAGACAACCUGCAUUCAGUGUCCGCCCAAUCACAGCACCAAGAUUACCGGCGCCACCUCUAAGAGUGAGUGCACCAAUCCUUGCGAGCACAUUGCUGAGGGCAAACCCCAUUGCGAUGUCAACGCCUACUGUAUUAUGGUGCCUGAGACAUCGGACUUCAAGUGCGAGUGCAAGCCUGGCUUCAAUGGCACUGGCAUGGCCUGCACAGAUGUUUGCGAUGGUUUCUGCGAGAACUCUGGCACCUGUGUCAAGGACCUGAAGGGCACGCCAUCCUGCCGCUGUGUGGGCUCCUUUACCGGACCGCAUUGCGCUGAGCGUUCAGAGUUCGCAUACAUAGCGGGCGGCAUUGCUGGUGCUGUCAUCUUCAUCAUAAUCAUUGUACUGCUCAUCUGGAUGAUUUGUGUGCGCUCCACGAAGCGCAGGGAUCCAAAGAAGAUGCUGACGCCAGCCAUUGACCAAACUGGCUCACAGGUGAACUUCUACUAUGGCGCACACACGCCAUAUGCGGAGUCCAUUGCGCCCUCGCAUCACAGCACAUAUGCGCAUUACUACGACGACGAGGAGGAUGGUUGGGAGAUGCCCAACUUUUACAACGAAACCUACAUGAAAGACGGUCUACAUGGUGGCAAGAUGAGCACAUUGGCCCGGUCCAAUGCGUCGCUCUAUGGAACUAAAGAAGACUUAUACGAUCGACUGAAACGUCACGCUUACACGGGCAAGAAAGAAAAGAGUGACAGUGAUAGCGAAGUGCAGUAAACCAUCAACGAAAUAUACAAAUAACCUAAAUGGAAUAAUCUUAAAAAGCUGCUUUAAUGUAAAUUGUGGUCAUAAAUCUAUGUAGCACUGCAAAGAGGCAAAGUUCUAACACUGCCCCGAAAAAAAAAAAAAUACUCAUUGAAAGCGUGUUUUAAAGCUUUGCAUUGAAUCGCAGUAAUCGGCUGGCUUCACAGAAACCUUAGAACUUUAUUGUAACUUUUUAAAUCAGCUGCAAUUACGUGGCUUAAUGCAAAGCUUGGAAUGUGAGGAAAAAAGCUGCUUUAUGAAAAUUGAAGUCUUAAGAAAAUAAUAACUCCAUGUGCUCUUUAAAAAAUGAAAACUAGAAACAGAAAUUAAGUCGAACUUACGCGAGUAAAAUAAAAAAGAAAUAAAAUUGUUUUAAUAUUAAGUAUUAUUUACCUAUACGCAAACAAAUUAAUACUUUAAAUUACCUUGCUUUAAAAGGUAUGUAAAAUGAAAGCGUUUAAUUGCAAUAUAUAUUUUCCAAACUUGUUGAAAAAUUCGCGAGUGCUGUAAAAAGCAAAUCAAAUAUAGUCGUUAUUUUGUAAUUUAAUUAAAGAACAAUUAAUUAUUAUGUAU